AUGAAUGCACAACAUGUUGAAGUUCUUCCAGAAGAGAAAGAAGAGAAUAAAAACGGUAUAAGCUCUAUCGCAAAAGAAACUAAGAAAGAGGAAAAAGAGGAGAAAGUAGAUGAAGAAAAAAAUUUAAUUUCAAGAAAAAAUUAUGCAUCAAAUUCAAGAGAAGCGUGUUUUCAGACUUUAGGAUUAUUUCAUGUUGAAAUUGAAACUAAACAAAAAGAAAAAGCUGAUAUGCCAUGUAUAUUAACAACAGUUCAUCCAAAUAAAGAUGCCAAACCUGUAGAACUUGAAUUUGAGUUUACCCAAAACACUAAGGAUAAAAAUGUAAAAACUAAAGUAAAAAGUGAAAAUUCAAAGGAAUUUGUUGUCGAACGUUGUAUAGAAAUAAACGGAACUAGUACAUCAGAGUCUUUAUCUCAAAAAGAUCAGAUUGAGAUAAAACAAAAAAACAAUAAAACCUCUCAAAAGAAUGAGAAAGAAAAACCAUCUUACAAUCGUGAUUCAAAUUUAUUAAAUUCAGAGCUACUUAAUGACUCCUAUAAUCAAGAACAAAACCCUGUAUAUGAAAUGUAUUUUUCGGACAAAGGUAGCAAGAGAUACAGCCAUCAUACUGAGAAAUAUCCUAAUGAUUAUCAAGACAAAUACUUAAGAAACGGUCAGAAUAAUCAACAAAAUUACUAUGAUUAUCCUGAACCAGUUCAAUAUGAUUAUAAUGAGCCAGAUUAUUAUGGAGAAGACCAACCCAACCACAACCAAAUUAAUUACUCAGAAAACUCUAACUACGAUAAUGCUAAUUAUAAUCAAGCUUACGAUAAUGACGUCAACUAUAAUCGAGCCAAAUACAAUGACGCCGAUUACAAUGAUGCCAACUACAAUGAUGCCAACUACAAUGAUGCCAACUACAAUGAUGCCAACUACAAUGAUGCCAACUACAAUGAUGCCAACUACAAUGAUGCCAACUACAAUGAUGCUAACUACAAUGAUGCUAACUACAAUGACGCUUAUUACAAUGAUGCCAACUACAAUGGCGCCGAUUAUAAUAACACCAAUUAUAAUGACGCCAAUUAUAAUGACGCCAAUUAUGAUGACGCUAAUUACAAUGACGCUAAUUAUGAUGACGCUAAUUACAAUGACGCUAAUUAUAAUGACGCUAAUUAUAAUGACGCUACUUAUAAUGACGCCAAUUAUAAUGACGCUACUUAUAAUGACGCCAAUUAUAAUGACGCUACUUAUAAUGACGCCAAUUAUAAUGACGCUACUUAUAAUGACGCCAACUACAAUGACGCCAACUAUAAUGACGCUAAUUAUAAUGACGCCAAUUAUAAUGACGCCAACUACAACGACGCCAACUACAAUGACGCCAACUAUGAUGACGCCAACUAUAAUGCCGCCAUUUAUAAUGACUCCAGCUAUCAUGAGGCCAACUAUAAUGACGCCAACUAUGAUGACGCCAACUAUAAUGACGCCAACUAUGAUGACGCCAACUAUGAUGACGCCAACUAUGAUGACGCCAACUAUGAUGACGCCAACUAUAAUGACGCCAACUAUAAUGACGCCAACUAUGACACUAAUAAAUAUAGAUGUGAUACCCACAAUAAUGUCAAGUAUAAUGAAAGCGAAUAUAAGAAAAACAAAUAUAAUUAUAACCAUAACAAUCAUCCUAUUCAAAUUAAAGGCGAUAAAAAGAAUGCCGAUAGAAAUAUGGUCAAGAAAAAAAUCAACAAUCAAUAUGACUACGUCUAUAAGUACCCCCAAAACAACCGUGUGGAAAAUUUAGAUCACCGUCAAAACAAUGAUGUAUAUCCUGAUUUAGAUACUGAAAAUUAUUUGAAUCAAGGGGGCAAAAGAGUAGCUGAAAAUUUACCAUCAAAGGAAGACAAGUAUUAUUACAGCAAAGCUUCCUCUUAUCUGAAAGAAUUACCGGUACCUUAUUAUUCUGACAAAGAAUCAGAAAUUAGCUCCGAAAAUGUAAAUAAUUUCAAAAACCACAAUGAAAAGUCGACUAAUAACAAUUUUGACUACGGCAAAACACAGCGUGAACAACAGCUUACUCAGCCCUCUUAUAAAGAACUUUGUCAUACGCACAAUAAUGAUGAAAUAAAACCCAAACAAUUUACAAACUUGUACAAUAAAACAGAAACCAACACUUCCAAGUACAAGAAAAAUUGUUAUAUUGAUAAAAAACAGUUCCGUCAAUAUAAAAGUAGCCUUAUUCCUUACCACAUAGUAGAUUUACCGAAAAAAAGUUAUGUUAAUGUGCAACAACCUGCAUAUAAACUAGACAUAGUAAAUAAAACAGAUAGACCGUGGGUUUAUAUGGAACAACGAAGCAUAAGUUAUGAAAAUCCACAAAAAUACUUUCCACACAAACAAAACGAUGUUUGUCCUCUAAUUGAGAGUGAAUACUCAAAUAGUUCAAAUAAUAAUGAUGCUCCACCAAACCACGAAAAAAAUAGUAAUAACCACAGCGCUACAUACUCAGAUAAACAGACCGUCGACCAUUCUGUAAACUACGAUACCCGAGAACAAAUUAAUACUAACAUUUCUCCAGAAAAUAGUUUUUAUUCACACGGAAAAAGCGAUCACACCGAAAAUAAUAUCUCUCUCAAUUUACCGUAUUAUUCCGAGGAUAACAACUCACAAAAUUUUGCAGGCACAACAGAAACUUUAAGUAUCAAUGAAAAUUCACAUAAAUCUACCACCUGUAUACCAAAGAAAGAAAGAAGUAAUUCUGAUUCAGCCAAAGAAAACACCCAUCAAAUUUCCAGUCAAAAUUCCAAUUCGAUCAAACGGCCAUAUAAUUUUUCAGAAAUUGAUAUCACACGAGAAUCUAUUAAUAACAAUCAACAUACAAAAUACAGUCACAAAAAAAACAUUCAAUUGGGUUCUAAUUUUCUAGGAGAUUUACAGUCAAAAAUUGAAAUCAAAAAUACAAAUCUGAUGAUACCUCCAUUAAGACCAUUAUUUAUGUAG